AUGCUCCGGCUUCUAGCAUCUCUUGUCGCGAUCUUUGUUGCCGCGGCUAGCGCUAAGCCCUGCGGCCGGCCUUUGUUAACUUCAUCUGGACGCGCAUAUCCGAUCUUGUCUUUGUCAACAAUAUCCGCGACGGCCAGUAUCGACUCGUCGGCUACUGCCUCGCAAUCGCCUCCUGUGCCAUCCUUAACGUACUCCGCUACUGCCAGCGUCGUUUCAUCAGUCAUCGGCACGAGUUCGUCGAGUAUGGCAUCUUUGACGUCAUACGACACCAUCCUAUCCAGCGUUACUACGGGCAGUUCUAAAGGCUCUGAAGUGCCAACAUCGUCUUCUAUUACUCUUCCGUCGUCUACCGCUGCGAGCUCUAGUGCUGGCGACGCAUGCUUGACCGCUCUUCAGCUACAAGGCGAGACUGCUGCUUCAGACUGCUCGGUGAGGCUAUUAGCUCCGGAGACAGGUCCAACUAGCACUGCCACAGUCACUGUUUUCACCACUGUCGUCCAGAGCGAUGUAGUCACGACUGUCGUCAGCAAGUCUAGCACGACCACGGCGCUAACAGAGACGUCCUUCGUUACCAUUACGAGUACCGACACGAUUCUCGAAACAACUACCGACGUAUCGACAACCACAGAGGAGUCGACACCUUCAGGCUCGUGCGACGUCAGAGGCCUCGAGCCUACCGGCUUAUGCAGAGGGCGCAUGCGACAGCCAUACCGCAUAUACCUCAGCUUGCGCAGUACUUGGCGUACAGCCCGGAACCAGUACCAUAACGUUGACCACUACCCAGACCGUCAUUUCGAGCGUCUCCGAUACCACGACGUACUCAACCCAGUCUAUCAGCACCCUGGAUAUAGUCUCUGUGACCGCAACGGUUUCUACUACUCAGACAGACGCCGAGACCGUUACCGUAACCGAUACAAUCACAACGACAGCGUAACGACUACAGCUACCAAAACGACCACAACGACGGAGACAGCUGUCGUGACGGACGAGCCACGGGGACGCCCGUUCUAUGUUACCAUCACCUCCCCCAUCGACGGCACGACCCUCUACUUGGCCACCUCAUCACGUUCAGGCGGCGACCUCACCUGGUUCGCACCCCCUCUGUCUAGGUUCAGCGCCCAGGCACAAUGGGUCGUCAAUCCAGACAGCUUCCUCGCGCGCACAAGCCCAGUGCGUCUGAUGGCGUACUUUGCCCUCCCAAUUUCGCGCGGGCCAUCAGCUCAGAUCCGCGCCACAUUCACCAACAGCGCCAACAAUGACUACCAGUUGGGUUACGUGGGUCUGGUCCCUGCAUCCGCUGGCAGCGACGGCUUGCUCAGACUUUCGACCACCGGUACGCCCAGGAUGAACAUGCUUUAUUGCAGCUCGCCGACGACGUCUACCAAGUUCUUGUUCUACAUGUCGACUGGCGAUGGAGCAGACAUUACUGGGGCUACCUGCUACGUGGUAACUCCUGCAAUCACAUUCAUCUGA